AUGACUCUAUUGAACUGGCAAAAUGAACGAAAGCGUAUGUUACCAAACCAUGAUACAUUUAUGUACCAGGAUAUUAUGAUAAUGAGUGAUGAGGAAAUCAACAAAACAAUGAGUUUCUUUGUAGCUGAAGUGAGGAAUAAAUCUGGAGAGGAUUACAGACCCAAUAGCUUGUAUGAAAUUGUGUGUGCAAUUCAACACAAAUUACGACAUGAAGGUAGAUUCAUAAACUUUUUGGAUGAUGAUAAAUUUCACGAUAUGCGCAGUAUUCUUGAUUCAAAGAUGAAAGAACUCUCUGGGCGAGGCAUGGGGAUAGAGCGGAAACGGGCAGAGAUCAUAACUGAGGCUCAAGAAGAUGAAAUGUGGUCCAAGGGAGUUUUAGGAAGAGAUACACCUCAAAAACUCUUAGAUACUCUACUGUUUCAACUAGGACUACAUUUUGCACUACGAGCAGGACAGGAACACAGAAACUUGAGGGUUGGGACAAACAGUCAGAUUUCUCUUUCCAUGGAUGCAUCUGGACUGCGAUAUCUCGAAUAUAGAGAGGAUGUCUCCAAAACAAAUCGCGGUGGGCUCCAGCACAAAAAUCUGCAACCUAAAGUUACCAGAGCAUACCAGAACAAGAAUGUUCCCGAGAGAUGUCCUGUGCUCACGCCUGAAGCUGGUAAAACCAAUGCUCUCUAUUUGCGACCUCUGCGGUACCCCCCAGAUUCCACUUGGUACGCCGACUCCCCUGUUGGAGUACACACUCUUCAACAGACCGUCGCAAAACUGUGUAAAAUAGCAGGAUUUACUGGCCACUACACAAACCAUAGCCUCAGAGCAACCGCCGCAACACGCCUUUACGAUGCUGGCAUUGAUGAGCAGCUAAUAACAGAGAAAACUGGACACCGCUCGACAUCUGUUAGAUCGUAUAAAAGAACAAAUGAAGAACAACAGCAAAGAGUGAGCAAAAUCAUUCACGGUGAAAAUCAGUGUGAUGUAGCUAUCAAGAAAGCCAAAACCGCAGCCGAAAGUGAUUCUAAUGUGUGUGCACCAGCUGGUGCUAGUGAAAUUGAAAUUUCGUCUGGAAGUGUAUUUUUCAAAUUUAAAUUCUAA